ACUCCGGGUAUUCGGGUUAUUAAAGAAUUCGAUGGAUCGCCAUAUCAUGAGCUAUAUUUUUAUAUCAGAAUACGACGUAGAACUCUGGCAUAUGGAAUUAACUUAAUUGUACCAAGUCUUUUAAUCUCUGUUAUGACUGUAUUAGGAUUUACUUUGCCACCUGAAUCAUGCGAAAAGAUAACAUUGGAGACAACUAUUCUUUUAUCAGUGAUCUUCUUUCUUGAAAUGAUCUCAAAUAUGAUUCCGACAUCGUCCGAUGCAAUACCAAUUCUUGCAGCUUUCUUUUCUUGCUGCUUAAUGGUUGUCUCGGCUUCGGUUGUCUUCACGACGCUUGUUGUUAAUUUAUAUCAUAGAAAACAUGAAACGCAUACGAUGGGACCAAUUGUUAGAUGA